AUGGCCGCACAUUCCGCGCGCAUCUUCGCCAUUGUCGUUAUAUUCUACAGUAGUUAUAUCGUCGGCAUUUACAAUGCGGCACGCGCCAGCAGCCUAAUGCAACUGGCUGCUGAGAAUUCCAGUCAUCACAGUGUUGAGCCCCAAUCUCACUUUUUAACGGAAACAGAGCUGGAAGGCGGCAGAUCGAACUCAAGACAUCCCCGUUGGUUUCCGUUCUACACAAUUGGUCGCUUUUCGAACGCUCUGUGCACAGGCAACAACAGGCUAACCGGCACAUGCGUCCUCAGUGGUGAGUGUACGGAUACCACUGGUGUAGCCGCCGGAAGUUGCUCAACCAUAACAAACCAAGCCGUUUGCUGCAUAUAUCAGCGCACUUGUGGAGCGAGCACGACAUAUAACAACACAUACUUCUACAACAGCAAUUAUCCGGGAACUUAUGCCGGUGGCGGGCGAUGCACAAUAGUAAUCACACCACCCGAUUCGAGCAUUUGUCAGCUCCGGAUUGAUUUUAUGGCCCUGUCAUUGGCGCCUCCCAAUGGUGAUGGCUUAUGCAACACCGAUGCGCUGACUAUCACGGGUGGCUCUUCACGUGUGCCAACGAUUUGUGGCGAAAAUGCUGGCCAGCAUGUCUACGUGGACUUCAAUGGUGUUACCCCGAUUACCAUAACGGUGGCCACAUCAUCUAGCUAUGUAUUUAAUCGCAUUUGGCAGUUCCAGUUGCGGAUGCUGGCAUGCGCCUCAUCUACAUUAGCACCAUCAGGGUGCUUGCAAUAUCAUUUGUCCAGCUCUGGAACUGUGGCCAGUUUUAACUACGCCUCGGCUGCAUCUUCUUCAUUAAACACGAUCGGAGUACCGGGCACGAGACAAUUGGCUAAUUUAGCCUAUGGGAUAUGCGUACGCAUGGGCGCCGGCAUGUGCUCAAUAUCCUGGAGUCAAGUGAGCUCCGAUACAUACUCGUUCACUAUGACCAACGAUGUGGGCGCUAUAGAUCCCUCACUACUUGCCACAGCUGCAGUCCAAAGUCAGGAUUGCACUACAGACUUCAUAAUUAUUCCAAAUCCGCUGCAGGGAGGCGUCGCCCUGGCAGGCGAUCGAUUUUGCGGUCUCGGCUUUUCGGCAACGACAAGCUUUACGAAACCUUUUGUGCUGUACGCGGUAACGGAUGGAAAUGAGGAUGCAGACAUAUCGAAUCGUGGCUUCUACUUGUCAUUCUCGCAAGUUGCGUGUCCGGUGAUUUAA